AUAAGGAUGUUUUUCAAAUGACAUGAUGCUUCUGUUUUCGUCUCCUGGUAAUCUUAUUUAUUAUGUUAGAAUUAUACGGUAGAUUCGGACUUUGACUAAAUUCAAGAUGAAUUUCAAAAGGACUCUACUUUGUGUAGCGGUGCUGCUUGAGAUCGGAAUCGUGACGUCAUAUUACCAUCUCUAUCGGGAAAAAAAUUGGAGAAAUAAAAGUUGUAGUCAUAUCUUAAAAAGAAUCGGGCACUUGUCGAUCGAGGCCCCCCAACCCCCUCACAUCGCAGGCGAGUGGUCAUCACACAGAUGCGAAGUUCGACCUGGACCAGAAUUCAUUUUGCGUAAAUAUCAUUUUCGAAGACAUCAUUUUAAAUUGCAUCAGUAUUACUACAAAGACCUCGGAUGUAAACACCCAGCCUAUGGCGUCGUAGCUGAAGGACAGUAUAGACAUCAGCGACCAUCUUGGAUCGUUCAGGGAGGCACCGAGACUGCAUACACAGUUCAUAAUGUCUCCAUUAUACCAUAUGCAGAAAAUAUAGCAAAGAAGUUCACAAAAAUAUCAAAACUUUGUUCUGAAAUUUCAAACACAAAUUUCAGUACAUUUAGGAAAACUCAGAUUUUAAAUUUUCCACCAUUUUCAAGAAAUUCCCAUGCAUCAAAGGACUAUGACUGUAGUUUUGUGUUCAACCUUACAUUCCACGAAUUGCAGUUGAUUCGUAUGGAAAUACAGCAUCACCACGUGUUUAGUUCCACUAAGUACUUCAGAUUGGUAAAAGCCAGAAGGGCCCGGUCAGACAAAGAGUUAUUUUUAGGAGACGUUCACACUGAUAUCAAACAGCGGGCCUCAUACAGACCCACAGCAUACCAAGCGGCACUUAAGCCCGCUCAUACAAGGAAAUGUCAUGUGUGCAGUGUAAUUGCGAAUUCGCACGACUUUCUACCUCCCCAACUGAAGAGUAAUCAUUUCGAUGACUUUGCCCUUCCCGGGGAGUGGGUCAGCACGAGAUGCGAGACUCGACAAUACGGACAAUUUUUAACGAGACAUCUAACUUUUCAUCCCGAUGGAAGAUCAUGGAAUGGGCAAUAUGACUUCUAUACAGAUCCAGUGUGUCUGCAUUCAUCAUUUUCGUUAGUGGUCAAAGGGACAUAUGCGACAAAAGCUAAUUUCAUCUCUGUUCUUGGGGCUAAAAAAUGUAACUUUCAAAUUCAUAACCUUAAGGUCAAACCAAUGUCCCAAACGAUCACACAAAGCUUAAAUAUAUUUGGUGGGCAAGGUUGCGGAAGACCCCAUUCUUGGGAAAAUGGUGUUGAACAGGAUGUGACGUCAUCUGGAGGUUGUGUAUCUCUCGGAAUUGUGUUACAAACUGUGGAGCACGAAGUUUUAAAAAUCGAGAAAAUCAAUAAUAAAAGAUAUCUUUAUAUUGGACAGAGACCUUCAGACAGAAGUGUGCGUCCAUUGGACGAGUGGCCGACAUCUUUUCAGGACCCUUUAAUUCAGUGCUCAAGCUCCCGUGUUACACCCAAGAAAGUGCGGCCUAAAAUGACAAAUACAUUACCUAAAUUCCAAAGGCUUCAAUCGCCUUCAUCAACAAACAAUAUUCACGGUUGUAUAGUUCAACGCGUGUUUCUUGUCGUAGUUAGUUCCUUCCUUGUGGGCCUCUUAUGAUUAAAAGAUCAAUGAUCUAAGAAUGAAUAUUGAGGGCAAGGACACAAAUCAAAGCAAGUUAAUGAAGAACAGCUCGAUUGACAAUGAAAAUCAAAACUUGUAAUCGGGAAGCUCAGAAAGUUUGGAUUGCCACAGCGUGUCAAUACCGAAGUUUGAUUGACUUCAUCCGAGCUUCAUAAACAGUGCGCCACCCGCCAUUUACCGUCUGUGCGUUAACGUCUGCUGAAAUUUUAUCAGCAGAUGAUGAAACAAGACAAAUUACACCGUGAAAUCUGUGCGUGCUUCAGAAAUGAUAUACGCUCCAUCAUCAUUAAAUUCAUCACUUCUUCCAAUUUUCUUAGAUCUUCGUUGUUGAGAAAUGUCAUUUUGCCUGUGUAAGUUUGUUGGUGUCAUUUCUCUAUUCAGCGUCUUCCCUAACUCUACGGGUAAUAUAAAUCUAGGGCACCAGCAAUUGUGUUUUGUUAACAAAUGUUUCAUUGUAUUAUUUUCAAUGAAAUAAAA